GUCCGCCCGGGGGACGGCAGAGCCGGGCCGGAGCCGCCGCGGGGAGGGAGCCGAGCGGCCGGAGCGGGGGCAGCGCCAUGGCCGAGAGAUACGACGUGGUGGUGGUCGGGGGCGGCAUCUCAGGUCUCUCAGCAGCCAAACUGCUGACUGAGUCAGGCUUGAAUGUGGUGUUGCUGGAAGCCAAUGACAGAGUUGGUGGACGAACUUUCACCGUAAGGAAUAAGCAAGUUAAAUACGUGGACCUUGGAGGAGCUUAUGUGGGGCCAACACAAAAUCGUGUCCUGCGAUUAUCUAAAGAGUUAGGAAUAGAGACGUAUAAAGUGAAUGAAGUUGAGCACCUGAUACACCAUGUCAAGGGUAAGUCUUACCCCUUUAAAGGUCCAUUCCCUCCUAUGUGGAAUCCAUUGGCCUACCUGGAUUACAACAACCUAUGGAGGACCAUGGAUGAAAUGGGAAAAGAGAUUCCCAGUGAAGCCCCAUGGAAGGCUCCGCAUGCAGAAGAAUGGGACAAAAUGACUAUGCAAGAUUUUAUAGAUAAAAUAUGCUGGACAAAAGCUGCCAAGAGUUUUGCAACUCUGUUUGUGAAUGUUGACGUCACUUCUGAACCCCACGAGGUCUCUGCCCUUUGGUUUUUGUGGUACGUGAAGCAGUGUGGAGGGACAACAAGGAUAUUCUCAACAAGUAACGGAGGGCAGGAGAGGAAGUUUGUUGGGGGUUCUGGCCAGAUCAGUGAGAAGAUAAUGGAGCGCCUGGGAGGCCGGGUGAAGCUGAGGAAACCGGUCGUCCGCAUCGACCAGUCGAGUGAACGUGUCAUAGUGGAAACCUUAGAUCAUGAAUUAUAUGAGGGCAAAUAUGUGAUCUGUGCCAUUCCCCCAGCUCUUGGUCUGAAGAUUCAUUUCAACCCACCGUUGCCCCCAAUGAGGAACCAGCUCAUCAACCGAAUCCCCAUGGGCUCAGUCAUCAAGUGCAUUGUGUACUAUAAGGAAACUUUCUGGAGGAAGAAGGGGUAUUGCGGUACCAUGAUCAUUGAAGAUGAAGAUGCUGCAAUUGGUUUAACACUUGAUGAUACUAAGCCUGAUGGCAGCUUUCCUGCCAUAAUAGGUUUCAUUCUUGCUCGGAAGUGUAGAAGACUGACAGGCCUCACAAAAGAAGAAAGGAAGACGAGGCUGUGUGAGCUCUAUGCAAAGGUUCUGGGAUCAGAGGAAGCUUUACACCCAGUGCAUUAUGAAGAGAAGAACUGGUGUGAAGAGCAGUAUUCUGGGGGCUGCUACACAGCCUACUUCCCACCAGGCAUAAUGACUCAGUAUGGAAGGAUUAUUCGGCAGCCUGUUGGCAGAAUCUAUUUUGCUGGCACAGAAACAGCCACAGAGUGGAGCGGGUACAUGGAGGGAGCUGUACAGGCUGGAGAAAGAGCAGCCAGAGAGAUACUGUUUGCUAUGAGGAAAAUCCCAGACAGUGAAAUUUGGAAACCCGAACCUGAAUCAAUUGAUGUUCCAGCUUUGCCCAUCACUACAACCUUCUGGGAGAGGAACUUGCCGUCUGUGCCGGGACUGCUAAAGCUGAUUGGAUUUUCUACUUUCGUCACGUCUGUGGCUGCCGCAGGAUUAUUUGCCUACAAAAAGGGACUUCUGGUUCGAAACUGAAAAAGCUGUGUCGUGCUACGAUUAUGCUGUGGAGCUUAUCACCACAACGGGAAUAAAAAGAAGGAUUUGCUGCUGGUUUCUCGACAGCUUCCACCUAAAAGGAAUAUGCGGCACUUUGUGUAUGUGGAUGCCAGUGUGAUGAGAAAAUUGACAAAUGUAGGCAGAGAAUCAAGUGGUUUCCCCAUGGGUAAAGGGAACUGUUAGUACCGGCUCACAUUUUUAAAUUUCCUUCGUGCUAGCCCUUCAAAGACAGGAAUGAAGUCUGGUUUAGUGGGUAACCAGUCGUGCUUAAUUUAUUAACAUGUUUGAUGAGAAAUCUGAUACCAUGGAAGUUCCAGCAGUUUACCAGCUUCUUAACAUGUAUUAUAGGAACAACCGUGGAAAUAAUUGUAUUUGUCUCUUACAAACUGAUUUGUGUUAUCAUGCAUAUUUUGUAAGGCUCUUAAGAGUUUGCAAAAAAAAAAAAAAAGAGGUUUUCUUGCUUGUACACUGUUCUGAUAGCAACUGUAUAUUGCAAAGGAUGUUGGGUCAUGGCAUGAAAAUUUGUGUUAACCAAAGUACUUGAAAGCUAAUUGUAUAAACUACUCAACAAUAGCAAUGAAGUGAGCAAUCUGAGGCAGACCAUGUCUUUCCUUUAACUAGUACAUUAUUUUUUUUCUCAAUCCAGAUCUUGAUUCCAAAUAGCACAUCUGCUGUCAGUACAACAAAGACAUUAAUGGCAGUUAAGAAUAUGUCUGAGCAUUAUGCAUCACUGGAACCCAAGGACUGGAGAAGUUAGGGACUUGUAUUAAAAUAACUUUCCUGUGACCUCAGUGGGACUAUUGUUUCACUGAGAUAGACUUUACAGAAGUGCAGAAAUUUUAAGCGGGGGUUUGGGGUUUUUUUUGAGACAUGAAAGAAAAAUAUUUUUGAGGAAGAAGGAAUUGUAUUUCCUCCAAAAGUACUUGGAGGCAAAAGGGAGCCAGUAUUAAAUGAUGACAGAUCUGCCACUGCUCUCAGGCAAGAAGCAAACCCACUUAAAAUCACAGAUUACAAAUGCUCCCAGAUAAACUUGACCUAUAUUUAAAUGGACUAACAUUCCCACUCCCAUCUCUACCACCUUAAGAUCACCUUGAUCCUGCAAUCUGUUCUUCAAUAGAGACAAAACCAAGAUGGCCAAAGCACUCUUGCUUUCAAAGUAUCUCUCCAGUCAAGUCGUUUAGGCAUUGUCAUAGACUGCCGCUUAUAGCGUGUUCUCUGUGGUCAUGUACAGGUCAGUGUUCAGUGGUGCCUGCCUCUGUGUUUUGGAAAAAAAAAGAGUGACUUCACUUUGCAGGAAUAUAUAUGCUGUGUGUGUGAUGAAUUUGUGCCUUUUAUAACUGUAGCAUUUUCUCAAGUGCCUCUGUGGUGACUGUCUCCCUUGGUUUCCUUCUUAAGUUCCCUUUUCACUAGGCUCUGCAGAUAUUUUUAUCUGACAGCUGUGAACUUUUUUUAACCUUAAUUAGAAUCAAUAAAUAUUGUCAUGUCACAUGUCA